AGGCAGCUGACCUUUGAGGAGGAAAUCGCUGCUCUCUGCGCCUUCCUGUAGUAACAGCCGCUGCCGCCGCCGCCGCCGCCGCCGCCGCCGCCAGGAGCCCGGGCCGGGAGCGAACGCCGGCCCCGCUGCCGGACGGCUCGGCGCGACCAGGUGAAGGGACAUGGCGGGCUGGAUCCAGGCCCAGCAGCUGCAGGGAGAUGCCCUGCGCCAGAUGCAGGUGCUGUACGGACAGCACUUCCCCAUCGAGGUCCGGCAUUACUUAGCGCAGUGGAUCGAGAGCCAGCCGUGGGAUGCCAUCGACGUGGACAAUCCCCAGGACCGAGCCCAGGCCACCCAGCUCCUGGAGAACCUGGUGCAGGAGCUGCAGAAGAAGGCAGAGCACCAAGUGGGGGAAGAUGGGUUCUUACUGAAGAUCAAGCUGGGGCACUACGCCACGCAGCUCCAGAACACGUAUGACCGCUGCCCCAUGGAGCUGGUCCGCUGCAUCCGCCAUAUUCUGUACAACGAACAGAGGCUGGUCCGAGAAGCCAACAAUGGUAGUUCUUCUGCUGGGAUCCUGGUGGAUGCCAUGUCCCAGAAACACCUUCAGAUCAACCAGACCUUUGAGGAGCUGCGACUGGUCACGCAGGACACGGAGAAUGAGUUGAAGAAGCUGCAGCAGACUCAAGAGUACUUCAUCAUCCAGUAUCAAGAGAGCCUGAGGAUCCAGGCUCAGUUUGCCCAGCUGGCCCAGCUGAACCCCCAGGAGCGUCUGAGCCGGGAGACGGCCCUCCAGCAGAAGCAGGUGACCCUGGAGGCCUGGCUGCAGCGCGAGGCCCAGACCCUGCAGCAGUACCGCGUGGAGCUGGCCGAGAAGCACCAGAAGACCCUGCAGCUGCUGCGGAAGCAGCAGACCAUCAUUCUGGAUGACGAGCUGAUCCAGUGGAAGCGGCGGCAGCAGCUGGCGGGGAACGGAGGGCCCCCCGAGGGCAGCCUGGACGUGCUGCAGUCCUGGUGUGAGAAGUUGGCGGAGAUCAUCUGGCAGAACCGGCAGCAGAUCCGCAGAGCUGAGCACCUCUGCCAGCAGCUGCCCAUCCCCGGCCCCGUGGAGGAGAUGCUGGCUGAGGUCAACGCCACCAUCACAGACAUCAUCUCAGCCCUGGUGACCAGCACAUUCAUCAUCGAGAAGCAGCCCCCUCAGGUCCUGAAGACGCAGACCAAGUUCGCGGCCACCGUGCGCCUGCUGGUGGGCGGGAAGCUGAACGUGCACAUGAACCCCCCGCAGGUGAAGGCCACCAUCAUCAGUGAGCAGCAGGCCAAGUCGCUGCUCAAGAACGAGAGCACCCGCAACGAGUGCAGCGGCGAGAUCUUGAACAACUGCUGUGUGAUGGAGUAUCACCAGGCCACCGGCACCCUCAGCGCCCACUUCCGGAACAUGUCACUAAAGAGGAUCAAGCGUGCUGACCGGCGAGGCGCAGAGUCCGUGACGGAGGAGAAGUUCACGGUCCUGUUCGAGUCUCAGUUCAGUGUCGGCAGCAAUGAGCUGGUGUUCCAGGUGAAGACCCUGUCCCUUCCCGUGGUUGUCAUCGUUCACGGCAGCCAGGACCACAAUGCUACCGCCACCGUGCUGUGGGACAAUGCCUUUGCUGAGCCGGGCAGGGUGCCCUUUGCGGUGCCUGACAAAGUCCUGUGGCCGCAGCUGUGCGAGGCGCUCAACAUGAAAUUCAAGGCCGAGGUGCAGAGCAACCGGGGCCUGACCAAGGAGAACCUCGUGUUCCUGGCGCAGAAGCUCUUCAACAGCAGCAGCAGCCACCUGGAGGACUACAGCGGCAUGUCUGUGUCCUGGUCCCAGUUCAACAGGGAGAACUUACCGGGCUGGAACUACACCUUCUGGCAGUGGUUUGACGGGGUCAUGGAGGUGCUGAAGAAGCAUCACAAGCCCCAUUGGAAUGACGGGGCCAUCCUAGGUUUCGUGAAUAAGCAACAGGCCCAUGACCUGCUCAUCAACAAGCCCGAUGGGACCUUCCUGCUGCGCUUUAGCGACUCAGAAAUCGGGGGCAUCACCAUUGCCUGGAAGUUUGACUCCCCUGACCGUAACCUGUGGAAUCUGAAGCCUUUCACCACGCGGGAUUUCUCCAUCCGGUCCCUGGCCGACCGGCUGGGGGACCUGAGCUAUCUCAUCUAUGUGUUUCCCGACCGGCCCAAGGACGAGGUCUUCUCCAAGUACUACACUCCUGUGCUCGCUCCGGCCUCGGCAGCUAAAGCAGUGGACGGAUAUGUGAAGCCACAGAUCAAGCAAGUGGUCCCUGAGUUUGUGAGCGCCUCUUCAGACUCUGCCGGGGGCAAUGCCACCUACAUGGACCAGGCCCCCUCCCCAGCCGUGUGCCCCCAGGCUCAUUACAGUAUAUACCCACAGAACCCCGACCCCGUCCUCGACCAGGAUGGAGAAUUCGACCUGGAUGAGACCAUGGAUGUGGCCCGGCAUGUGGAGGAACUCUUACGCCGCCCGAUGGACAGUCUGGACCCCCGCCUCUCCCCGCCUGCUGGUCUCUUCGCUUCUACCAGGGGCUCGCUCUCCUGAACGUUGGAACCCCACGCUUUUCCUUGGAAGCCAUGCUCCACGUGAAGGGUUCAUAUUCGUUGCGAUUUUCUGUUUGUAUUGCUGUGCACCUGAAUGCUUUUGCAGGCAGCACGUGUAUGCGUGCAUACGUGCGUGUAUGGCUUUGUGCAUGAGGUGUGCCUGCCUUGCCUUCCUGGUCCUUGGUCUCCAGAUGGAGGCAUUCAGGAGCCCACUGGGUCGGUCUCUUGUGGCAAAGACUCAGCUGCUUCUGUAAUUGCACCUACUCAAGGCAGGCAAACCGAUUCUUGCCAGAGCCUUGGUCUGCUCAGCAGCUGUUUGAAUGAAAUUAUUCAAGAAGGGAAAGGAGACAGGUCAUGUCUCCAAGCUCCAGUCUUACUCCUGAGUUAGGCGCUUUGCCUCCCUAGUGUACAUGCGUCUGCUUUGCAAUAUUCAUGUUGGUCUCUUGAUUCCUCUCCUCAGGAGGGAGGCUGGGGUUCACUUUGGAGAGAUAGUUUAUGCUUUAUCUAAUGAGUAUAGACUCGAGACUCUUCUGGAAUUGAGAGCUGAGCUAGGCCAUGGUCAUGUGACUAACACAGUAGAAAUGGAUCGUUUGCGUUGGGCCUGGCAGAGCGGCUCUGAGAAUGGAGUUUCUUAGCCUCUGAUGGGAGGUUCCAGCUUCAAGUCUAUGACGCCGCAUCUCCUGUUCCUGCUCUUUCCAUCGACUCUCCCCUUCCCCUGUCUGGCCCCAGCCUUCUUUCCUUGUCUCUCUCUGUCUGCAACCUUGUCUACUCCUGGGAGAGAUGGGAGAGGGGGAAGGGACAGGUCUAGGACAUGGGGGUGAACAGGGGGCCUGGGACUUGCAGGGUUGAUCCCCUCCCCUGCAGCAAAAAAAACCCCCUCGAAACAAGAGGCAGCAUCAGCGGCCUGCUGCACGCCUGUGGAGUCUGGAGUGCGGGGUAAAAGCUGAUUGCCAUCCACUCUGCUGGGGGCUGGAACCUGGAACAGGCCUCUUUGCAGUUGCGUAACCGGCUGUGGUCUGAGAAAGCCUGGCUCCCAGCCUCACAGGCUCCUCCCUCUGAAGCUGCCCCACUGCGGCCAGGGGCAUCUGACAGUGGAGGAUCGGGAGUCCCAGGCUGAAACAUCCCUCAAGGAAGGUGGGGACGAGAAGGGGGAUUCUUUUGUACUUUGUACAUAGGCCACACAUUUGUGUAAAGUGUUUUUGCAUAAAAAUAUUUUUUUCAUAAA